AUGGAGACCAGCGAAUAUGAAACGAAUACUUUGUCGAUAAACAAUAUCGCGUCGAUAGCCUUUCGCAUCUACGAGCCAUCUUCAGAUCAAUCGCAUAGCUUCCAAACAUCCGCUCUCGAAAUUCAAAGUACACUUCGUGAUCAAGGCAAGCUAGUCUCUUACGACGCCGACCGAGGAGGAAUAUGGGUCUUUCAGAUCACCAACAGAGAUGGAGCAACCAAAGCUGUCAAUUUUGGCUCCGGUGCCAGUAUUGAAGCUUGCGGUCACACGCUGGGAAUGGUCGAGGAGGGCACACUCGAACCUGCGGCUCUACAAAAGAGCCGAAUCCCAGGAAACACUACUCAAAAUGCUCCAGCAAAUACAGCUGCGACCACAUCUUCUACUGAAUCACAUCAGCGCAACCCCUUGAUAUCUCCAACUCAGACUGCUGGAGGGGGGGCACUGGCAGAAGGGGGUGCCCAACUUCCAGCCCAGGCUAACGAUACCAAGACGACGCAGCCAGUGCCGAAGAUCAUAUACGAACAAUUUAUAAUCGCAAUAAUUUCCUCGAUAGCGUUUGCGUUUUGCAGCCACUCCAUGGCGAUUCCCCUUAACUACAGGACGAUCUUAAUACCACCACUGCAAGCCGAUGCGAAUGAGCACGAAAAGGGUUCUUUGCAAGCCAAUCCUGUUAUUGGUACAUUUAAAACUUAUCUCACAACUACCGGAUCCCUUGUGGUGAGUCUCAGCUUCUCGUAUUGCAAGAAUCUGGCCACAGUAGAAGAUGCUCUUUCUGGCGAUUCUUCCUUGCCUGGUUGCUCUAUCUUGGCUGCCCCAUACGGUGUUUUCGCUACUAAACAUGGCUCUACCAAUGGAGAGGCGGAUAGGAGUCUCGCGCAGACACCGAACACACAAGCAAUGAGUGUCAGAAGCGUCCCAGACUCACAUGAUUCGCUAUGGAAGCAUUCGUGUCUCAAAGCACUUGAAUAUUGCGGACUUAAUCCAUCCAGUUUCAAAGCUGGUUCAUGGGUCAACCUUCUCAUUACAAAGCCGACUUCGCAGGAUGCGGAUGGAGAGCCGAAACGACUACGCGCAAAUGUUCCGUGGCCAGGAGCUCUUUGCUUCCGUAAGAAGUCCUUGGAGGUAUCAACUACUCAUCGCUUAGGAGAGACCAUGCUGAGUGGCCACGAAGAGUGUCACGACCCUCUGGGCGACGCUCGUGAAUGGUUUGGUGGCGCUUCCGAAAGGGAAGAUAGAAUUUCCAAGCGCAAAGCCGAACGUGCGCAAGCUGUCCAGAAAGAGACCAACGGUGCUAACUCCCAAGCCCAAAACCUCAAUGGGCAAUCUCCACUAUCAGUACGGCGUCCAAGUACGGCCGCUGUUGGUGUCAUGUAUCCGACUCCUCCUGAUGCAAUUCAACAACACCUCGGAGUUACACCUUCUCUAGACGCGGUGAUCUCUAGUCCCAACAACCUCCCUCCAACUCUUGCAGUUGUUGACGCCGAUAUCACGAUGCCGACAGUGACGCCAAUGGCCGACGUCGAUAACGAUGCAUGGGAGGGUGGACACGAACAAAAGAGAGAACGAAGCGACAGCAACUUGCUUGGCGAAUCUGAGGAUAUAAUAAACGAUAUGGAUGGGGACGUGUUUGGUGAUCAUGAUGUGACAGAAGAUGAUUUCAACUUUUUCGAUGGCCCUGGCGACAACGACAUGGACAUAGACAUGGCGGACUUACAACCAAUUUCGCAUGCACCACCUCCUCAAAUGAUGCCCCCACCGAUAAUAACCCAUCCGGAGCCCCAGAAAGCUAUCGAGCCUCAGCCCGAGGUGAAGCCCAAACCCAAGCAUCAUGAGCCUGUUUUCGCAAAACCAGAACUAAAACACGCCCGAAGUUCUCUUAACGACGAGCUCAACCACAAGAUCAAGACUGAACGAUCAAACUCCAACAAACGAGGAUCGAGCCCCUUUGAUCCCGAUACUGUGUUCAAACGAGUUAAAGCAUCGCUGGCUAGCCCUACGCAGGAAAAUUUCACCAUUCAAGCCCCCCUUCGACGAAAGAGUAGUAUCUUCGAGAAAGUCGAGUUCGAUCCUAAGAUUCCCCUCAUCAACAAAAAGUACGAACAGGGCGGCGCGUUUGACUUCUCAAAGGAGCAGAGCGGCGGAGAGUCCAAGCGCGAUGUUCAAGGUUUAUCUACAGACGAAUACCUUGAACGGCAAGGGAAGAUCAAACCAGACUCCAGAACACUUCCUGGCGCCUCUUUAAUAAGAAGCUUGACUGGCGUAGACGGAUCCACUAACCAUGCAAACCAUCAUAAAACGAAUGGGAACGCAUCCUUCUCAGAAGAUAGUGAUAUCGAUUCAGAAGCAGACGACCUAAGUUCGCUUUCUGGUGGCCCCGUCUCGCCCAUCAAGUCCAGUGUCAAGCGAACAGUAGUGGAUGAUGACGCCCUUUCGCAAGCCACGACAUCGCGAGAGGUGGAAUUCUUAGAUGACACUGCAGAAGAGCAACUCGCGAUUGAGCUUCCCAAAUUAUCAAAGACAGAGUCACCAGAAAUGCCGCUCCAUCGUUUCUUUUCAGACCCGGAGCCUCUCAACACGGAGGUGGGACUUUCCAACCAUGACUUUGUCGAAGUUGCACAGAUAGUUACUGAGCAGGCUGCUACUGGCCGACUUGAUAUUGGCAUUGAUCAUAGAAAUGAGUCGUCAGUCUCGCUUGCAACGAUGAGAGGCCAUGAACUCAAUAUUGCCCGCAACUCGCUCCAACUUCUCCACAGCAUCAUCCCGGCGAAUCUGGGAAGCGCUACGGCUGUGCGACUGAAAGGAUUGCUUGAGAUCCUAGAUCUUCCACUCGUUGGACAACCGAACCGUCUCCAGCCCCGACCAAUCCCUGGUAGAGACACCAAUGUAGAGCAAUUGCGCGCAAACAACCUCUACCAGAUCCCUGUGCCUCAUCUCGAAGUUCGCAGAUCAGAAACGAAACUAUCAGUACUCCCGUCAUCCAUGUCAUUCUGGGAAGGGCUGGGAUUAUCACCUUCGUGGGGAGCAAAGGACGUUACUGCUCUCUGCAUCUUUCCUGGCUGGAAAGGAAUGGCAGAUCAUGUCGGAAGCUUUACCAGCCGCUUGAAGAGCGUAUACGAGUCCCUGAAACUAGGCACCUUCAAUAAUCUAGCAUUAUCUGGAGACUGGGACGAUGGCAUUUUGCCUUAUGAGAUUGAUAGGAUCUCAACCUCACCUGACGCAACUAUCACCGGUCAUGGCUCCGCUCUAGUGGAAAGUAUGGAAGUGCUCCGAAGCUCUCUACAAGAAUUGAAGUCGAAGGACAAGAAUCUGGUCAUAUACUUCGUCUACUCACCUGAUAAUCCCGCCUCCAUCAUCGAAGCUUGCACUACUUUCUAUCGCUUCUUCGACGAGUAUAGCGACCUUCUAGCAGCCCGUAGAGAGUCUCCACAGAACGAACUAGUAUUGCAACUGGUGUCGUCCGAUCUGAUAUCUUCCACAACGUCUCUGGUUGUUCCAAGCCCUGCGGAGAUGAUCAAACUCUGUUUAGAAACCUACGACAGGUGCACGUUGUUUUUGGAUGCUGAGUUUGGUGGCCCUACCCCUGCGCCAGCAGUGAUGCUUGAGCAACCUCCUCCUCGAAUGAUCGACUUCAAGUUGACAACAUCCCCUUCUCAAUCCCUUAUGCAUGAGAACUCCUGUAUCCAUGUUGGGUACGCCGAAAGUGUUGAUGGCCGAUGGAUCACUGCUGCGUGGACCGAUAAUCGCGGACAACGACAAGCGACCGCAUCUUACUCUAUUACUAGGAGCAGAACCCCUGAUCGGUCUGUUUCCCAGCACAAAGCGGCCAUUAUGGCUGAAAUUUGGGCGACGACAUUGACUAUGAUCUCCAUUUGGAAAGUACAUUGGCGAGUGAUCAUCACAAAGUCAGGACCGAUGGAUCAGAAAGAAGUCGAGUGGUGGCAAGCCGCAUCAACUAUUGACGACAAGUACUCUUUCACGAUGAUAUUGAUGUCAGUGGACACCAGUCCAUCCUUACAGCUUGUGCCGCCCGUCGUCAAGAUUCCCCAUACGGCAACCUCGGCGUUCUACUCGACACCAGUGUCCACACCCCAGGCCAACAUCGUUUCGCCUGAGCAGACAACAACACCGGCAACUCCCAUGCGGGAAACCAGUACACUGGCUGCUACACCGGGUGCUGAGAGUGCUACAGAACCAGAUGCCGACUCUUUCCUGAUCGAUGCUACCGACCAAACAUGGGGCGCCAUCGUUGGACAUCGACUUGGUAACUCAACUACCCUUCUGGAAGUCAGACCCGCGCUUGCUAGUGGCUACUUGAUCAAGAGAACGGGAAUCAAGAUUGAAGAUCCUCCAGUUGUGAUGGAGGUCAAUCUUGUACACACUGAGGCUACUCCUCGUGCAUAUGAGCCUCUUCUUAGAGAAAUGCUUUGUUACUUUAGAGGUCUUGGUACUUUGGCCAGGGCCAGGGGCGUCACAGAUCGAGAGAUGGAUGUUCGACCUUGGCAUAUCGCCGCGGUGGAAAAGGGCGUACGAGCACUGCAUCUUUUGUUAUAA